AUGUCCACCGAACUAGUCACCGUCCUCGCCGAGGGCACGUUUGAAGAGCAGAUUGUCGAAGUCUCCGCCUUCCUCUCCCGUUCUCAAGCCGAAGCUUCCCGUAAGGAUUUCAUCUCUCGUUUCCAGCAACUCGCUCUCGAAGCUGAGCCCUCCGCACCCGCCUCCACCGAUGACACCGCCGCUCCUACCUCGGACUCUGCCAAAAAAGCAUCCACUGUCUCUUCCCUCGUCUCGGAAGUAAAGUCUCUCGGCCAAGGAACCGACCGCGAGCUCGAAGGAGUCUACAACCUCCUUUUCUCUCUCGUCUCUUCCACUUGCCAAGAAUCCACUCUUCUCCCCACACUCAUCUCUGCUGUAUCGCGCCAAGGUGCAGUGGAGAAGAACAACGUCCGCUACCGUAUCCUUUCCAACCUUUACAACUCUCUCCCCGCUAGCUCGCCUUUGCGAUUGCAGACUUUUGAUGCGCUGUUGAGUCUUGCUGCUGCCAACGACGAUUUGGAUUAUCUUACUAGCUCCUUGAAGGCAUUGCCGCAGUGGUUGGCGCAGUGGCAAGUGAGUGAGGCGGACAAGGCUGCCUGUUUGCAGUCAGUGGCAAAGGCAUUGGAGGGAGCAGAGAAGGAACACGGUCAAACGUCUAAAGCUUAUCAAUUCUUGCUUCUGCACCUGCGAUACAUCUCGACUAAUCCGAGUCAAGGUUCGACCAAGGAGGCUGCUGAACGUACCCUUGCUGCUGCUCUGCGCUUGCCUAAGCUCUACGAGUUUGAGGACUUGAUGCAGAUCCCUGCUGUACUCCAACUCAACCCUUCGCCCGUCUUUGAGCUGUUGAAGAUCUUUGUCCGUGGUUCAACGGCAGACUACACCGCUUUCGCUUCUUCUAACCCUAGCGAAAUCUCCCGUCUCGGUCUCAACAGCGAGCAACUCGCUCACAAGAUCCGACUUUUGGACCUCGCAGAUCUCUGCGCUCUCAGCGUCUCCUCCGACGUCUCCUACUCGAGCAUCGCCAAAACUCUCAACAUCAGCGAAGACGACGUAGAGACUUGGGUCAUCGACGUCAUCCGUGCCGGUCUGGUUAGCGGCAAGCUCAGCCAGGUUAAACAGGCAUUCCGAGUGUACAAGAGCACCCAUCGACAGUUUGGCAAGAAAGAAUGGCAAGGUUUAGAGAAGAGACUCGUCGAAUGGCAGAAAUCUAUCGCUGCGAUCUUGGAGAGUGUAGCUGCUACCAGGGGUGGAAAGUUGCAUGAUGCUGCUGGGCAGACUGUUCAGGCAUAA